CCCACUUUUGUCCUUUCUUUGUUUGUUUCUAUAUCAUAAAAAAAAAGUUUUAGUAUCAAUGUCAAUACAGAAUUCGAAUAAUUCAGCUCGUUCACCAGAUAACACUAUUUUAUUCCCUCAACAAAGUCCAGAUACACACAACUCUUCAGGUGACGAAACACAACAAUUACUCACAAAUGAUCAACAAGGAUACUAUGAUGAAUCAGCAACACCAUCCAUGUCUCGGUCUUUCUCUGCUGAAAGUGUAGUCAGUACACAAUCUGCGCCUCCACCCUAUGAACUCUAUGCUCCAGCUAGAACAGUGGUUGGACGUAUGUUCAACUGGUUACGCAAAAUACCUCGCUUCGCAACUCACCAAGCUAUUUAUUUACCGACUUUACCUAUUCGUCGUCGCCAUCAUCACCAUAACAACAGCCAUCUUGAAUAUAACCAUCAUCGUCAAACUCUACAACAACAACAACAACAAAGACCAAGUACAGAUUCUUUAUCGUCUACAUCCAUUGAUUCCUUUGCUUCCUCAGCAUACCCAACCACUUGGUGCACACCAUACUAUUACCAAUUAUGUAGUCUUCUUCCAAGUUGUCCUCGGUAUGUACUACCACAACCGUUUGCACGCUACCGUGGCCUUCUCCUCUUUUUCUCAGUGAUGGCACUUCAGUUAUGUUGUUUUCUCUUGUUUUGUGCUAUUUAUUUUGCUCCUGCCGACUUGCCGCCACCCAUCUUCCCUGACAAAAUCCUCAGUGAUACGCAUCAUGCACGUGUCUUGACUCUCAAUAUCUUUAUGCGCCCACCUGGUAUCAAGAACAACUGGUCUGACUACAAGGAUGAACGCUUAGCCUAUAUCAUUCAACACAUCUUACCUCAUUACGAUAUCAUUGCCUUUCAAGAAUCCUUUGCCUUUGCAACAAGACGUAAGGAUGAAUUGAUCAAGCAAGCCCGUUUACGUUAUGGUUUCAAUCAUCAUAUAGAAUCACCAAGAAAGUAUCCCUGGGACAUUUCAGUUGAUGGUGGACUUUUGAUCUUAUCCAAGUUUCGUAUUACUCGUUCGAAUAUCAUUCAAUACCCAAGAGGAACCCAUAGUGAUUGGCUAUCUCGUAAAGGAGCAUUACAUGCAUUGAUUGAACUUAACCCAUCUAGACGAUUUCAUAUGUAUACAACUCAUACACAAGCAUCUUAUGAUUUGAACAACAUCAUCAACGCAGGCGAUACUUUGAUACGACUGGAGCAAUUUGCACAACUACAUGAAUUUAUUAGCAAUACAGCAAGAACUGAUCAAGGUGGCGAUGCGGAUGAAGCACCUAUUUUGAUUCUCGGUGAUUUGAAUGUGGAUGCAGCUGUACAUUUACCUGGUGUGCCAUUGACAGAACAUUCGGUGGAUAGCUCGAUACAUUAUACAAUGAUGACGGAUGUCUUGAAAGGCAACGGUGUAGAUCGAAAAACCCUUGGCUUGACCGAUGAUGACAAUCAGAACAAGUUGUUUACACAUCCAUAUGUUUUGAACGAUUUGACGGAUACAAUUUAUCAACAUUAUGGCUAUCAUCCUGUCACUUUUGGUGACAUUGAUGUGGAAUCGACAGAUGGUUCUAAACAUAUAGUACCUGGUGAAGUCAUCUUGACAAAUCAUGAUCAAUUGAUGACCGUACAAAGUAUCGAUCGGAUAUAUUGGUCAGCAAGGAACUCAAGUUCAGUUGUUAUACAAGAUCCAUUGGUGGAACCGUUCAAGGUGAAGGAUAAUCAAGACUUGACUGAUCAAGAACGGAAUAGUAUUUCAUUUACCCAAAUCUCCGAUCAUUAUGGAAUGAGUUGUAGUAUUCGUAUUAUAGAUUAGUUUAUGUAGAAUAGAAUCAAAUUGAUGAAAUAAAUAGGAUGGUAUCUAUAAAAGAAAUAAAUUUAUAACGGGAUGAUGCUAAAUAAGGUUUCCCACGGAGAAAAUCAGCGGAUGCGUUCAUCAAUCAAUAGUUCCUUUUAAAUUUUCCUUUUUCCCCGGCAGAAGCUCAUGCAAACGAAACUCAGCUUCUCAUCCUAGUAUAAAUAUAGUCUUUUUUUU